CACAUUCGGCCAAGUGGCCGCUUGCUCAUCUCAAGAUAAGCCUUCAAGUCUCCUACUACCCUUCCCCCUCCUCUUGCCAAAACGCGGCAAUCCGUGAAGCUCUUCUACCACAUCUUCUUGCCAUCUCCAACUGCAGCAAGCAAUCCAAGAAAUUCAGAGGAAGAAGAAGAGCGAUCGAGCAAACUAGGAGGAGGCCAAGAGCUAGCGGCGGCCAUGGCGUUAGCACCCGCAUCGCUCCAGAGCUUCCUCACGGGGAGGCCCCUCUGCACGGCCCCGCAGGUCGCGAGGUCGUCAAGGCCGGCAUCAGCUAGGCUCUCGUGCAGGGCCUCAAACGUCGACAAGGACGGCGCGCCCCCGGCGUGGGCCGCAAACCUCGAGAUGAAGAAUCUUGGGAAGCUGGCGAUGGUCGCGCUGGCCGCCGGCGUGCUCGUGCUCGCGCCCGUCGACGACGCCAUGGCCGGCAAGUCGGGCGGCAGGAUCGGCGGCAAGGCGUUCCGUUCCGCGGCGCCGCGCCCGUCCGGUCCACGGAUAAACAACUCGAGGACGAACAUCUACGUCAAUCCCGGCGUGGCGCCGCCGCUGGUCGGCGGCUACGGGUACGGUGGCUACGGCGGGUACGGCUUGUCGCCGUUCGGCUUCUACGGUGGCCCGAGCGUCGCCCUCGGGGUCGGUGGUGGCUUCGACACGCUCGUCCUAUUCAUAGUGGGCGGGGCGGUCGUCGGCGCCGUCCGGCGGUUCCUCAACCGCAGGGAUAACGAUGAUUACGACGACUAAAUGCUGCAAGUCAUGUAAUCUCAUCUUACCCUUGUACUCUAUAAAUACAAGUCUUUUAAGAGAUUUUACUAGUAGUCUACAUCGAAAGUAAAAUGAAUAAAUCUACACUUUAAAAUAUGUCUAUAUACAUUCGUAUAUAGUCUACUAGUAGAAUCUCUACAAAGACUUAUACUAUUUAGAAACGGAGGGAGUAAUAUAAAAAGAUUGCUAUUUUUCUCUUCCCAAUAGUAAUUUUAAAGUGACAUACUCCUUUCGUUUCUAAAUAUAAGACCUUUUAGAGAUUGCACUAUAAACUACAUACGGAUGUACAUAGACAUAUUUUAGAUUAUAGAUUCACUUAUUUUGCUUUGUAUGUAGUCUUCUAGUGAAAUCUCUAAAAGGUUUUAUAUUUUGAAACGGGAGGGAGUAGUAAUUAUUGAAGGAGUAAUGAGGAUCAGAAGGUUUGUUAUUCUUGCAGAAAUAGGGCAUAAUCAGGGUCCCUAAUACGAUUUGCGGAAUCACAUGCGGAUC